AUGGCCGUCUUUUCGCGCCUCGUCCCCACCGCCCUAACCUCUUACCUCCUCCAAACUGUUGCGGCAGCAAUAUUUAUCCCUCUCCAGAAUGAAAUGUUCUAUGACUUGGUGGGCUGUCUGGGCUUCCUCAGCUCGACAUUCGUCUCCCUCUACUUCCCUUUCCUCAAAUCCAAGUUUGUCGAUGGGACACUGGACGCGCUUCCGAGUUUGCUUUCGUUCGCACCGCGCCAGCUGUUGGGCAACGCCGCACUGGUCAUCUGGAGUCUUCGUCUGGGCAGUUUUCUUGCAAUGGCGCCUAACUUCUUGCAGAGGGCCAUCAAGGCAGGCGGUGACUCGCGCUUCGACGAGGUCAAAACCCAGCCCGGUCUUUUCGCAUUCUACUGGUUCGCGCAGGCAACUUGGGUCUUCCUCGUCGGUCUCCCGGUCUACCUGCUCAAUGCUCUCCCGCCAGCCCUGCACCCCGCGCUGGGCCCGACCGACAUACUCGCGACCGCCCUUUUUGCUGGGUCGUUCCUGUUUGAGGUCACUGCCGACCAGCAAAAGACCGCCUGGCGACGCGCGAAAGAGGCCAAACAGCACGACGAAAAGUUCAUCACGCGGGGAUUGUGGUCGGUUUCGCGUCAUCCGAACUACGUCGGCGAAGUAGGCACCUGGAUUGGAAUCUGGGCCAUUUCUGCCGGAAGCAUCAAGACGCAUCAGUACCCACUGGGAACGCUUGCGCUGACCGCACUCAGCCCCUUGUUCACCUGGUUCCUCCUCCGCAAGGUCUCGGGUGUGCCGCCACUCGAGAAGACGGGAGACAAGCAUUUUGGCGGCGAUCCAAAAUGGGAGGAGUACAAAAGGACAGUACCUGUUUUCUGGCCGUGGGGUCCAACGGCAUGGGAAUAG